CCUUCCACCACUAUUAUUAUUUCCACAUAGCAAACAAAUUAUUCACUUGAAUUGUUAGAGAGAGAAAAAGUGUUAUAUAUAAUUAAGAGAGUGAAAAACUCAUCAUGGAAGUUGUUGGUAUGAAGAAGGAGAAUAUGGGAUUUGAGGAAACUGAGUUGAGACUUGGAAUUGGAUUUCUUGGAAAUAAUGGAUCAGCCACAGCUACUGAAGGAGUUGUAAGGAAGAGAGGAUUUUCUGAGACUGAAACUGAUGAUGAUACAACUACUAUGGAUUUGAUGCUUAAUCUUUCCUCUAAGGAAGCUACUGCUGAGGUAGAUCCAAGUGAUAUAACCACCAAGACUUUGCAAAAGGAGAAGACCCUUUUGCCUGCAGAUCCUGCCAAGCCUCCUGCAAAGGCUCAAGUGGUGGGUUGGCCACCUGUCCGGUCGUACCGGAAGAACAUGUUAGCAAUGCAAAAGAGUGAAAGUGAGAAGAACAGCAGUUCCAAUUUCAAUGCAAUUACAUUUGUGAAAGUUAGUAUGGAUGGAGCUCCUUACCUUCGUAAGGUUGACUUGAAGAUGUACACAAGUUACUCACAGCUUUCUGAUUCCUUAGGCAAAAUGUUCAGCUCCUUCACCAUUGGCAACUGUGAAUCUCAAGGAAUGAAGGAUUUCAUGAAUGAGAGUAAGUUGAUGGAUCUUUUAAACAAUUCUGAUUAUGUUCCAACCUAUGAAGACAAGGAUGGUGACUGGAUGCUUGUCGGUGACGUCCCAUGGGAGAUGUUUGUUGAAUCAUGCAAACGUUUGCGUAUCAUGAAAGGAAAGGAGGCUAUUGGUAUAGCACCAAGAGCUAUGGAAAAAUGCAAGAACAGGAGCUAGACUUGCUGGUCGCACUUGUUCGCCACCUGCUCCAUCUUUUGUCAUAUUUUGGUACCUGCAGGAUGUUCAGUAUAGUUAAUUUGUGUAAUGUUAUAUGGUUUUUAUUUUUUGAUAAAAUUGUUAUAUGGUUUGUUAUACAUAUAUAAUGUUUGAAACAAAAUACAAUGAGAGUCUUAAGUGCUGAUUACUUUAAACAGAAACAAUAAACGACUCCAAAUUAUGUUGUUAGAUUUGGCUUUCUUAUAUAUUAUCUAUGAUUUCCUAUUU